AUGACAUUGGCUAAACCUCCACCACCUGGUCGUCCUAUCGCACCACCAAGAGGCAAACAUGCUCCAUAUCCUAGACCAUUUCCAGCUCUUACUCCAGAAUCAUUUAUUCCGGGUGCUCCUGGCGGCGGCUUUUAUCCAGGUACUCUGGAACCACCAAUAAUGAAUUACAGUGGCGGGCUUGGUAUGGGAUAUCCUUAUCCUCCAAUGCCUCCAAUGCCUCCACUACAACCUAUUCUACCUCCGAUGCCCUAUCCAAACCAAGGUCCAAUGUCAAUAAUAGAGUCACCACCACCAAGUUAUGACCCAGGACUUCAUUCAUACUGUCGUCGUCCGGUGCGUAUUUGUCGUCGAAAUCGUCGUUCACGACGUUGUCGUCCAGUUAUACAUAUUAUUGACUCAAGUUCAUAUUCAUCAUUAUCAUCAUGUUCAACAAUAAGUUCAUGUUCACGACGUCGUCAUCGAUCACAUUCUCAUUCACGACGAUGUACAGCAGCAGCACCACAACAACAGCCAAUUAUACUUUUGCCUGUUCCAUGUCAACAAUCACAACCGCCUCUAGCAGCUCUCGGUCAAAAUCAAAUACAACAGCAACCUCAACAAAUUGUUUUACCACCUUUACAAUUUCAACAAUCAGGACAAAUCCAACAACAACAACAACAACAACAAUUAGCAUUACCAAUGCAACAGCAAGUUCUUGCUUUACCACCUUUACAACUUAGUCCAUCGAAUCUUAUUGGAAGUACAGCUUCAAGUCCAAUAAUAAUUUCUAAUGGUCAACCAAUGCUACAACCGUCAAUGUCAUUGCCACAAUUUACUAAUAUUGGACAACCACAACAAAUAAAUGCUGGACCGAUUCAGUACGUACAAGCUAUACCACAAAGCUCGUCACCAUUACAAUAUGUAUCACGAGAACCGCGUGCGGCUAUUACACCACAACGUAGUCUUGUAAACAGUACAAAGAAAAAAAAAGCAACAAAGAUUAAGACAGUUCCAAAAUCUAAUUCAGUACGAGAUUUACCUCAAUAUGAUCUUAAAUUUGGUCGACGUCCAUUUGAUUGGUAUGAUAGUGAUAGGAAAAAUAAUGUUAUUGAUGAAAAAAUUCAAAUUGGACAACGAGGAAGUACAACUUUACGUUAA